GAGCUUGCGAUGCGUUUCCAGGUAAGGGAGUGAACGCGUGCAGCCAUAGCAACGCUCCUGGUGUAGUUGUGUGUGGUGACACUGGGACGCGGAGUAAAGCCACUAACUGCCCACGUCUGCGCUUUCGAAAUCUGGCGGCGUCAGGGUUCAUCUCAAAGCAACCCCGUCAUGGACGAAGCGGAGGACGGAGAUGAAGACCACAAAGAGAUCCUUGACCCUUCCUUCAGGAUGAUGAAGAGUGUGGCACCAGGAGGGGGAGCAACGAGCAGGAUCUCCAACAACAAGGACUUCGCCUCGGUCUCAUGUGGACGCAGCACGGAAUCCACCGCGCUCCUCAGUCACGGAAAUGUUUCCAGGAGCGGGUUUGACGACGAGGAUGGCACCGGAAUGAGAUGCGUUAUCAACGGAGACUGCCGAAGACACGACAGCUUGUCCUCAGUCCUCUCCAAGCAGGAGAAGCAGACAGGUGGAGGCUUCCCAGCAUCUGCAUGUCACUCCAGCACCUCCAGCAUGGACGGCUCGGUCACUCCUGCCCCGACCGCCGACAAGAAGGACUCCAGGGUUUCCUUCUCCAACGCCCCCCCUGCCCACGGACCGAGCCCGAACCAGCCGGACCAUUCUGUGGGCUUCCCCAAGUCUGAGGAUGGCCAGAUCUCGGCAGAUGAUGGGGAAACCAGGGACAAUCAAACUUACAUGCAGAGGCAGUUUAGCGCCAUGCUACAGCCCGGGGUCAACAAAUUCUCCCUGCGUAUGUUUGGGAGCCAAAAGGCUGUGGAGAAGGAGCAGGAACGAGUCAAAUCCGCUGGCAACUGGAUUAUUCAUCCAUACAGUGAUUUCAGGUUCUACUGGGAUUUCACAAUGCUAAUGUUUAUGGUGGGCAACUUGAUUAUCAUUCCUGUGGGCAUCACCUUCUUCAAGGAGGAGACCACCACCCCUUGGAUUAUCUUCAACGUAGUGUCCGACACGUUCUUCCUCAUGGACCUGGUGCUGAACUUCCGUACAGGCAUCGUCUACGAAGAGAACACAGAGAUAAUACUGGACCCAGAAAAGAUCAAGAUGAAGUACCUGAAGACGUGGUUCGUGGUGGACUUCGUUUCAUCCAUCCCGGUGGAUUAUAUCUUUCUCAUCGUAGAGAAAGGCAUCGACUCUGAGGUUUACAAGACUGCCAGGGCAUUGCGGAUUGUGCGCUUCACCAAGAUUCUCAGUUUACUGCGACUGCUUAGACUGUCCAGACUGAUUCGUUACAUCCAUCAAUGGGAAGAGAUCUUUCACAUGACCUAUGACCUGGCCAGUGCAGUGAUGCGCAUUAUCAAUCUGAUUGGGAUGAUGCUGCUGCUGUGCCACUGGGAUGGCUGUCUGCAGUUCCUGGUGCCCAUGUUGCAGGACUUCCCUUCGGACUGUUGGGUGUCCCUUAACAAGAUGGUGAAUGACUCCUGGAGUGAGCUGUACUCCUUUGCCCUGUUCAAGGCCAUGAGCCAUAUGCUGUGCAUCGGGUACGGACGCCAGGCCCCAGAGAGUAUGUCUGAUAUCUGGUUGACCAUGCUGAGUAUGAUCGUGGGAGCAACCUGCUACGCCAUGUUCAUUGGCCAUGCCACCGCCCUCAUACAGUCGUUGGACUCUUCCCGGCGCCAGUACCAGGAGAAGUACAAGCAAGUCGAGCAGUACAUGUCUUUCCACAAACUUCCGGCCGACUUCCGGCAGAAGAUCCACGACUACUAUGAGCACAGAUACCAGGGCAAGAUGUUCGAUGAGGAAAGCAUUUUGGAAGAACUGAACGAGCCAUUAAGAGAGGAAAUAGUCAACUUCAACUGCCGGAAGCUGGUGGCGUCCAUGCCGCUCUUCGCCAACGCAGAUCCCAACUUCGUGACAGCAAUGUUAACCAAGCUCCGCUUCGAGGUCUUCCAACCAGGAGAUUACAUCGUUCGAGAGGGAACUAUCGGCAAGAAGAUGUACUUCAUUCAGCAUGGCGUAGUCAGCAUCCUGACCAAAGGGACUAUCGGCAUGAAGCUCUCGGAUGGCUCCUACUUUGGGGAGAUCUGCCUGUUGACCCGUGGAAGACGAACCGCCAGCGUGCGGGCGGACACCUACUGCCGACUGUACUCGCUCUCCGUGGACAACUUCAAUGAAGUACUGGAGGAGUACCCCAUGAUGAGGAGAGCGUUCGAGACCGUAGCCAUCGACCGCCUUGAUCGAAUAGGCAAGAAGAACUCCAUCCUGAUGCACAAAGUACAGCACGAUCUUAACACCGGCGUCUUCAACAACCGUGAGAACGAGAUGAUCCAGGAGAUUGUGAAGUACGAUCGAGAAAUGGUUAAACUAGUUAAACAAGGAGACAUGCAGAGGCCCAGGGCCAUGUCCAUGUCCAUGGCUCCUUCAACUCAUGGGAGCAUGUUUGCACCUUCUAGUCAGCCCUCUACAAGUUCUGCCAUUGCUACCCUCCAGCAAGCUGUUGCCAUGAGCUUCUGUCCCCAGAUGGGCAACACUCUAGUGGGUUCUGGGGCUGUCCAGUCACCUCGCAUGGUGCGGCGCUUCCAGGUGGUCCAGAGCCAGACACCCCCAGGCUCCCAGUACUCCACCUUAGCCCUUGCCUCUGCCCUUGCAGGCACACCUGUCCAUACCCCUCUGGCAACUACCGGUCGAACAUUCCAGUAUGGUUCCAGCCCCCCAGGUGCACCCUCAGGCUCCCAGUUAUCCCUUGUACAGCAACAUGUCCCCAGUCCCACACAUCGACCACUGGUUCCCAGGUGCGCUUUAAGCCAAGAUGCCCGUGCCCUAUCCGCCUCCCAGCCAUCCUUACCCCAUGAUAUGGUACAGCCAGUUGCCCCAAGCCCUCCCCAGUCCACCAGAGUCUCUUCCACUUCAAUCGGUCCCCCCCAGAACCUCCCCGUCCCUGCUGGUAUUAGAGGAAGUAUUCCACCAAGAAUGGCACUACCCCACCAAAUGUCUGUAGGUGCAUUUCCUCCUGCCUCCCUCCCCCAGAUGAGACCCAGUUUGGAUUCAGGACUGCCCAAGAAGGAUUCAAUAAUCAGUCUACCAGAAACUGAACAACAUCACAUCAGAUCUAGAUUAUCAUCAAAUUUGUGACCACGAUAGUGUUGGCAGGCUUUGCCUGGGUCAGGAAUGUGUGGACUCUCCUUAACCAAGAACGUUUCCCGACCCCUUGUCACACCUUUGGAUUUUACUCACAGAAUGUAUGUGGUGCGACUGGUUACAAGGGCAAACAAACCCUCAAGACUUGAUAGCAUAAAAUGAAUAUGUCUGUAUCAUUUUUACCACGACCGGGACAUUUCCAUUGUACCUAUGACAUAAACAUCAAUGUAGCUUCCACCCUCACAAUUUGCCUCUUUCAAAUGGUUUUCUUUAUUGUAGCUGCUCACAAAGAUGUACCCACUCCCUUUUAUGUACUGUAGUACAAAUAAUGCAAACUGGUAUGUGUCUGAAUACCGGGACUUAGCAGUUUGCUUCUGAUCACAAUGUAGGAGCUAACUCCCUCUUCUCAACAUGAACCGGCU